AUGGUUUCGUUCGCCGGUUUCGCGUUCGUAAUUGGGGUUUUGCUGGGGAUUUUAGCCGUCGUAACGGUUGAAGUUGCGGGGUUUCUGUAUCUUCUUAAACGAUUGAAUCGGAGGAGAAAUCGGCCGCAAUCGGAUACGAGCUCUGAUCCAACAUUCAAGGACUCUGAUCCUCGCCAGCAGUCCGUUGAUUUCAGUCUCAGCAAACAGGGAGUGGUUUGGAUUUUGGAGUUGGAUGAGAGUUUAAAGGAUUGGACGAAGGAGAAGUUACCAAAAGAGCAAAAGAAGAAGAAAGACCUCUUGGAGGUACAUCCAGCUAGGAGGUUUGCUCGUAUCAAAGACCAUAAACUGAUCUUGUCAGAUUCAGAUGGCUCUCAAGCUACUAUUACGUUGAAAGGUUGCUCUGUUGAAGCUGUUUCAGGCUCUGCACUCCCCACAAGGAAAUGGGCUAAGAGGUUUCCAAUCCAAGUAGAGAGCAAAACUUCAGACUUGUAUAAAGGAAACCGAGUGUUUUACAUCUAUCUGGAGACUUCUUGGGAGAAGGAGUCAUGGUGUAAAGCACUUCGUCUUGCUGCUAGCGAGAAUCAAGAAAGGAUCAUAUGGCCUACAAAGCUGAAGCACGAUUUCCGAGACUACAUGGCUUCUCUUAACACUGCGUAUCCUUCGUUUAUGAAACCAUCUGCUGGGAUUAGCUUUGAGACAUUGGACAAAGGGUUUAAAAAUGAUGGACCUUCAUCAAAAGUUCGUUUGUUCUGGAAGAAGUUUUCGAAAAAGUGUUCGACUAAAGUGAAUUCGGCUCCGCCAAAGACUUCAACGCGUCCUUACCAAGAUUCGCAAUCUGCUGGUAGCUCUGGAAGGGGAAGUAAUCCAGCAAGAAGGAUGCAAGAUAACAUCCCUGAGGAUACCGAUGUGCAACCUUUCUCACGUUCUUUCAGCCAUGGGAGUCAUGUCUCGGAUGUUGACUCUGAAGACAAGUUUUUCUCUGAUGAAGGAACGUUGGCGUGGAACUUGAUAAUGUCUCGGCUGUUUUUCGAUCUCAAACAGAACACAGUGCUAAAGCAUCUAGUGCACGAACGAAUCCAGCGAGUGUUGUCCAACAUGAGACUUCCAAGCUACAUAGGCGAUUUAAUCUGCUGUGAUGUAAACGUUGGAAACCUCCCACCUUACAUACAUGGUACAAGGAUUCUUCCAAUGGAGAUGAAUGGUGUGUGGGCGUUCGAACUAGAUAUUGAGUACAGUGGUGGUGCGGGACUUGAAGUUGAGACUCGUGUUGAUGCCCGAGAGGAAGAUCUGCAGAAAGGCAUAGCUGAGGGAAAACUGCAGCCAAAUUCUACCGGGGAUGUUCCUCCAGAUCUUCUUGAAGGUCUUGCAGAUUUUGAAAAGCAAUUACAUGUUGAUGCACAUGAUUCGAAAACUGAUGAAUCAAAGGGAUCAAAAGGUGUAAAAGCAGCUCCAAACAAUUUAUCCAAGUGGAAGUCUAUUCUAAAGAACAUCGCUGAGCAAGUGUCCCAGGUUCCAAUUACUCUGACAAUAGGAGUGUCUUCGCUACGAGGGACACUGCGUGUGCACAUGAAGCCGCCUCCAACUGAUCAACUAUGGCUUGGCUUCACAAGCAUGCCCGAUAUUGAAUUCGACCUUGUCUCUUCUGUUGGUGAACACAAAAUCACAAACAGUCAUGUUGCUAUGUUCUUGAUGAACCGGUUUAAGACUGCGAUACGAGAUGUAAUGGUGCUCCCCAACUGCGAAAGCAUAACCAUUCCGUGGAUGAUAGCUGAAAAGGAUGAUUGGGUCCAACGCAAAGCCGCUCCAUUCAUGUGGCUGAAUCAAGACUCAAGCAGUGAUAGCGAGAGCUUCGAAGCUGCAGAAGCAAAAUCCAAACCUGACAAGCCGCCAACUUCUGAACAGAUUCAGAAAACUGCCAACGUUAUACAGAAGCUAAGAGCUGAGAAAGAAAGCGUCCCUGCACCAUUACCACCUGAUUCUGCAGCUCUGGUAGUAGAGAGUGACAGAUCUUUGGAAGACCUCAAGACUCCGCUGCUGGAAAACGGCGAAAAGCAGGAUGGAAUAGCACGAGAAGGCAAUCCCGGUGAGAUUAUUCCGGUUAGUGUUCAGUCAUCUUCCAGGUCGGUUGUCUCAAGUGAAGAGGAUGAUUCGAGUACGAAGGGAAAGAAAAUGGGAACGAAAGAGAGGAUGUUUGAUUUCAGGAAGAAAGUUGGGGAGAAGUUUGAAGAGAAGAAGCGUCACGUGGAGGAAAGAAGUAGACAGAUUGUUGAAAAGAUGAGAGGACCUUGA